GUUACAUUUCUUACCCACGUACUGAGACUACUUCGUACGCAAAAAACUUUGAUUUUAAUGAAGUCCUAAGGGCUCAUUCGAAUCAUGAUAUAUGGGGGUCAUGUUCCAAAGAACUAUUGGAAAAUGGAAUCGAGCGUCCUACAGGAGGGGUUGAUGUCGGCGAUCACCCGCCCAUAACACCUACGAGAGCAGCGCGGGAAGGCGAAUUGUCUGGAGAUUCAUGGAGAAUUUACAACUAUAUAACACGGCAUUUUUUAGGAUCGAUAAGUCCCAACUUAAGAUACCAGAAAACCAGUUACACGAUCAAAGUCGGCAAUGAAUAUUUCGAAUGUUCAGGAUCGAAAGUGAUUCAACCUGGAUUUUCGGCAAUCAUGCAUUGGCGCACGAUGUCAGAUCAAAAUAUUCCAGAGUACCGUCAAGGUGACAUCUUGAAAGUUGUUAGUGUUAAUACGACUGAAGGAAAGACCAGUCCACCAGACUACCUAACGGAAAGUGAAGUCAUCAGUCUGAUGGAGAAGCAUGGUAUAGGCACUGACGCCUCUAUACCCGUUCACAUUAACAAUAUAUGUCAGAGAAAUUAUGUUUCGAUUUAUCGUGUAGAAAAAAUCGAUCCUGACCUGUCACUGCCUACAAUGCGAAGUGAUGUUGAGAAACAACUGAAUUAUAUAGUAACGGGAAAAGCCGCUUAUUCCGAAGUUUUAGACCAUUCCUUGCGGUUAUUCCGAGAAAAAUUUAAAUACUUUAGGGAGAAGAUCGAUCAGAUGGAUGAAUUGUUCGAAGCUACAUUUUCCACUCUCGCUUCAACUGGUAAAAUUUUAUCAAGAUGCGGGAAAUGCAAACGCUAUAUGAAAUAUAUUUCGAUGCGACCACAACGUCUACACUGUCCACAUUGUGACGAAACAUAUUCUUUGCCGCAAACUGGGACUAUCAAGUUAUACAAGGAACUCCAAUGUCCGCUUGAUGACUUCCAACUGGUAUCAUUCUCUACUGGAUCGAAGGGUACCGGUUAUCCUAUAUGUCCUUAUUGUUAUAACAACCCUCCUUUCGAAAACAUCAAAAAAG